AUGGAAGAGGUUGGAAGGGAGAUACGCCCAGAAGAGUUGUCAACGGCAUUGAGAGUUCUCGUACAUCUACAAGACAAGAAAAUCAUCGGACGAGACAGCACAGCCGAAUCCAUUACAACAUGGCUGCAGGAGCAAGUUGCUACUCACCACGAGAUUCCUACUCCAAGCGUUCCAGAACCACCACCCGUACCCCGCAAGCGCCUCUGCUACAUCUGCCGACUCGAAAUCAAGCGCCCGUUUCCUUCUCACCCAUCAAUGUGCAUACCCUGUGGCACCUUCAAUCACGCUUCGUCUGAAAUCUCACUGCCACCAAAAAUGACUUUGACGCCCAAUUUUACUGCCUUGGUCACUGGAGCACGUGUCAAUCUCGGAUACCACACUGCGUUGCGAUUGCUGCGUUGCGGAGGCCGAGUCAUAGCCACGAGUCGGUACCCACGAGAUGCUAUAUCACGAUAUACAGAUGAGGCGGAUUCCCGCCAAUGGAUAGGUAGACUCAGGGAGUGCUUAAAGCAGUGGGCGGAUGGGGGAAAACCUAGGUUGUCUGCGUUGAUUAAUAAUGCGGCUCAAACUCUUACGGAUAGUGUUAAGAAAGAAGAGCGGGCCAUGGAGCGCGAGCAAGACUUGAAGAGACGUGGGACGCAUCCAGGUUUGUUGCUUGGAGAAAACUACACAGCGAGAGUUAGAGGUGGAGCACUGCCGUCAGUAUUGGAGAAUGGGAAAGCAUAUUCGACACGAAUGGAUGGCCCGGAAAACGACACCGAUGCCAUGUGGACUCUGAAAGAAGUCGAGACGUCAAAAAGUACCACGACAGAAAUCGAACCGUAUACCAAAUCGUCGUGGGUACAAGGCAUAUCCGAAAUCCCUUACGAAGAUGUUGGUUCCGCGCUUUCUGUCAAUACGUUUGUUCCUUUUAUUCUCUGUCGAGAGCUCCUUCCCCUGAUGGGUGUCACUGAGCUGUCACCAGUGGCGGCAUCAGGAAAGGUCGCCAAACCCCAAGGCUACGUCAUCAACGUCUCCUCGCGUGAAGGCAUCUUCGAAGAUGGCCUUACGUCGACGGCGAAACGGGGCAAGCACGUGCAUACCAACAUGUCCAAAGCGGCGUUAAACAUGCUGACGGAGACCGAGGCGGAGCCUGCAUGGCGGACGAGGAGGGUGGCCAUGAACACGGUUGACCCGGGGUACAUGAGCGCAGCACCAGAGUAUGAAGAUGCAUUUGAUGGGAAACGACCGAUUGGGUGGGAGGAUGGUGCUGGGAGGGUGUUAUGGCCGAUUGCUGUAGCGGAGAUGGAGGGGCUGGUUGUCCGGGGGAGAUUCUUGAAGCAUUAUGGUGCUGUCGAGGUGGAUCCGGGGAGGGGGAGGGGAUGA